UCUGGUAUUCGCGCGAUAAUCUCAAACAAAAACAUCUAAACACUCUUGACUCAACCUUUAAUUAGUAUUUCAACGCGACAAGACGCGUUUAUGAAUUUAUCAUGGUAUGUUUUUUUUUCUCUGCCAAUUUCACUGUUUUUCAAGUUUGGAUACCAAUUUGUUGGCGAAUAUCAUUUCUUGUUGUUGCAUUGGCAAUCCAUAUUGGAUGUUCCAGUCUCUACAUGUUCAUGUAGGAUUCGCUAGGCGAUUUAUACGUCUGGUUCCAUCUCAACAAAUCAUAUCGUCAAAAAAAAGUGAUCAAAAAAAAGACUUUACUUGACUAAAUAAAAUGAUACCUCAGUCUCAAUUAGAUCCUCUACCGGAUGAUCUUCCCUUCCGAUUCAUAUCGAAGACGAUUGGAAGAGGAGCAUAUGCAUCAAUCAAAAAGGCAAUACCUUUAGAUGCGCAGUCACCGGUCUUUGCUGUUAAGUUGAUUCACAAGGGUUACGCAGUUAAACAUGGCCGCAUCUCAGCGAAACAGAUUGCUAUGGAGGUGUCCUUACAUUCUCAUAUCGGCCAACACCCGAAUAUCAUUGAAUGGUUUGCGACAGGAGAAGACCACAUUUGGAGAUGGAUAGCGAUGGAGUAUGCCGAGGGAGGUGACCUCUUCGACAAGAUUGAAGCAGACGUGGGUGUCACGGAGGAUAUUGCCCAGGUCUAUUUCUAUCAACUCAUCAGUGGCGUGAGCUUCAUGCAUUCCAAGGGAGUGGCGCAUCGAGAUCUAAAGCCGGAAAACAUAUUAAUGUCAGAAAAUGGCAACUUGAAGCUGGCAGACUUCGGCAUGGCCACUAUGUUCGAAUACAAGGGCCAAAGAAAGCUCAGCACAACAAUGUGCGGUAGUCCGCCGUACGUUGCCCCGGAGGUGUUGGCGUGCGGCCGAGUAGAUAAGAAAUCUAGUGAAGUUACUAAAUACUCGGCCGAGCUGGUGGAUAUCUGGUCGUGCGGUGUCAUCCUGUUCGUCCUCCUCGUGGGAAACACGCCGUGGGAUGAGCCAACCUCGCAAAGUUGGGAAUACCUAGAGUACAAGAAGACGAAUGGUCGCAGUACAGACAGCUUAUGGGAAAGAAUACCUGCAGAGGCCCACUCACUGCUCAGGGGUAUGAUGAGUAUCGAGCCCAAAAAGCGAUUCUCGUUUGCUCAGAUACGCCAACAUCCUUGGUAUACUCGCCAUAACAAAUUUCUUGCCGCAGAUGGCCAGAUCAAUGAUCCUAUAAAUCUAGCAACGAAGAUGCUCGAGAACCUGCAUAUAGAUUUCAGUCAGCAGGCUCCCUCGUCGCAACAUGAGUCACAAUCACACGAUUCUGUGGAUACAGACGGCGGCUCAUCUCACAAGAUAUCUUCGACGCAACCAGAAACGCCAAUUAGUGAUAUUCUAUUCGACUGGGAGAGGCCAGCAAUCCGUGCCUUAGCCAUAUCGUCUACACAACCCGUCUCCCCAGCAGACGCAGCAUUACCAACGCAGUCUAGUAAAUUCUUCGAUGCUCUAGCUGAAGAACCCUCCAUGAGCCAGUUCUCGCAAACGCGCGGGGUGCUGCUCAGUCUAACACAGAACGCACAGCGUUUCAAGGAUAUCAUCCCCACGCAUUCAUUUACCCGCUUCUUCUCGCACAUGCCACCGCAGCUGCUCGUCCAGAUGCUGAGCGACGCACUACACAACCUCAACGUCCCGCUUCCGUCGGGGCCGCCAUAUGUUGGCCAGGGCGAUCACGUGUCGACCUUCAAAGUCCGGACGGUAGACGGUCGCAAGCAAGGGCUCCACGGGGAGAUCCUGGUCGACAAGUACUACCUGCCGGAGUCGCAGGAGCUGCUGGAAGUGCGGUUCGUCAAGCUCAAGGGCGACCCGCUCGAGUGGAGGCGCUUCUUCAAGAAGAUUGUGCUGCUGUGCAAGGACGGCGUGUACAAGCCGGAGGACUAGAGGGACCCGCCAGUUCAUCCAUGUAUCUGAUUCGAGGGGUUUAUAUAAAUAAUAGGACAGGAAA